AUGGUGGCUUUCUGGUGCGGAGUGAGCUCGGACAGGAGCGUGUUCCCCAUCGACAUUGACGCGGGCACGUCCGUGGGUGACUUAAAGGCCGCUAUCAAGCAUCAGAAUCCGACAGCGAUCACAUGCGACGCGAACAAACUGCUGCUAUUCGUCACUAAGAAGGAUGGAGCGACACUAGCGGCAUGA